AUGCGCUUCUUUUCUCUUCCAGCUCGCCGAAGGCGGCACUCGGAAGACGUAAUCAUCCACCCCAACACUACGAGCUCACUCUCACUACUCUUGAGGUACCAGAAGCAGCCGUGUUUCACUCUCACAGUGAUUGAUUCCAUCCUUGGGUCUAAAUUCUAUCACAUGAAUUCGCGGCCACGUUGUGUCUCGUCUGCCUGCGUCCAGCAAACCAUCAAUUCAGGGCCUGGACACAUCCAUUCCUGA